AUGUUCCUCUUCGUAGAGUACAACAAAGAACGGCUUAAAGCAACCUCUUUGAGUAUUCAACCAACCAAACAGCAACCUACUUCCAAAGACUUCUUGCAUGUUCCAAUGUUAACUUAUUUUAGUGACGAAUCACUUCGUAAUGGAAAUAAUAUAUACUAUAAAUAUUACAAACCUUCAAAACUUGUCUGUCAUCAACAGGAUGUAACAACGGACAAAGGAGAUUGGGAUGAAAAGGCGAUAUGGAGGUACCACGACAGACACAAACCAACAUUUGAGACUGUAACACAGAAUAUUAAAAAAGAAAAAUGCAUCAUCAUCAGUUAG